AUGGCAACAGAGACGCCAGCAGGACCGACGGAAAGAAAGACGGAAACCCCGGCGGAAGACACGGAGGGAAUCACGGCAAAACUGGCGGCGGAAGAGAGCGAAGAGACGGCAGAGGGGAAAACCAUGGCAAAGAGGACGGCAAAGAGGACGGCAAAGACGCCCGCAAAGACGCCCGCAAAGACGCCCGCAAGGACGACGAAAAUGAAGACGGAAGAGAAGACGGGAAAAAAGACCGUAAAGACAAAGAAAACGGCCGAGACAAACGAAGCGCAAGAGGGAGAAGAGACGGAAGAGGAAAAGCGGGCGACAGAGAAAAAUGAGGCGGAAGAGGAGGAGACGAAGAAGAAAAACAAGAGGGGAGGUCCUAUGCUGAAUGUCAAAGGCGUCGUGGCGCGCAAACUCGACGAUACAAACAUUUGGAAACGCGGGCGCGCGCGCAAGGACGUCGGUGCUCCGCGCGUGGUAGACCCGCGCAGGGUCAACAUUGUGAGCUCGAGCCUCUGCGACAGCAUUGUCAAGAACCUGGGCCCGUCGCUUGAGCGGCACCGAGGAUGCGAUCUGGUCGACUUGAACCCCGGCGUGGGCUUGUGGAGCCGGAAGCUGCACGAGUUUCUUCAGCCACGCAAGCAUAUUCUCAUGGACCUCGACGCAGAGCUUUACAAGCCCUUUCUGUCCAAGCUCCUCAAGCAGGACAACGUUGAGCUGGUACCCAAGUCGGGCAUUGUGUGGAAGGAUCUGCUCGAGAUGAUGCACAGUCAUCUGCCCGGCCAGACGGAGAGGGACAAGGACGAUGUGCCAAGCCGCAACGACACGCUCCUCGUCACGGCCAACCUCUCCAUGUUCCCCAAGAAGACGUUCCACGGCUUCGAGAGCGUCAGCACAAUGGUCCUCUACCAGCUCCUGUCGAGCAUCCGCACGUCGAGCUUGUUCCAAAAGUACGGCCUGGUCCGCAUGCUCAUCUGGAUCAACGACGAGGACAAGAAGAGGAUCCUCCCCCGCUCGCUCCCUCGGCGCAGACGCAGCGCCUUUGAGGCCGAGAUUUCCUGCGAGUGGGUCCACGAGGUCGCCGGCGUAGAUGUGCCCGAGAACCGAUGCUCGCUGCGCGACUGGUGGGUCAGUACCGAGUCGGGAUACCGGGCCGUGGAGCGCAUGGCGGCGCAGGGCUUGGAGAUGCCGAGCAGAAGAAUGACCAAGGCCUAUAAAGAGUGUAUGCAAAGGCCGGAGCUCAUGGGGCAGAUGCUGGCUGGCGUCCAUCCACCGACGCUGGAGCGCCCUUUCAAGGGGGAGCUGGAACAGCUCGAACGGGCUGAGCAGCGGCGAGGAUCCAACGACGCCACGUCGAAGCGGCUGAGGAUCCUGCGGUCGCGGGACAAGCUGGUGCAGGGCGAGGCUCUCCAAUACCUCGAAUAUCUCCAGCAGUUCAGAGACAUCUCACGGCUCGCAGCCUCGUCGCCGAGCGAGUUUGAAACGGCAAACGCAGAGUGGAACGAGCGAAUAGGCAACCUCAAGAAGAACAUGCGCACCGAGUUCAAUGGCAUCAAGGACAACUACAUUCUCUUCCGCCAGGACCCGCCCGCCAUGCUAUGGGACAGGAGGGCCCUGGAGCCCCUGAGCGUGUUCCCGACCGACUUCUUCCCCAACGCACCGACGGCCCUGCUCGACAUCCAGCCCAAAGCCAUGCGGCCCGUCUUUCGGCAGUACGGGCCGGCGAGCUCGCGGUCCGGCGACAUGUCGGACAUCAUGCUGCGCUUCUGGUACCAGCACACGCUCUUCCCCGUCGCCAAGGCCAUGGACGGCCUCUGGGGCGGCUUCGGCGACCUCGUGGCCCAGUGCCCCAGCUUGACGGACCCGGACCGCGGCGGCUCGCCGCUGACGGGCCACGGGGCCAUGGUGUCGCGCGCCAUGAACGAGGAGCAGUGGGCCGAGAUUGUGCAGGCCUGGAUGGACUGGCCGUUUCGGCCGACGUAUGUGCAGAUGCUGGGCCGCAUGGUGGAGGAGGCCGACGCCGACGCCGAGGAGGAGGACGGCAAGUCUGGCGCCAUGGGCGUCAUGUUCUGA